AUGGUAAAUUUUAUUCCAACAACGACUGAGGCAACUUCGGGUGGCGCAAAAAAAGUCGAAGAGAGUACGCUUGAAAAUGCCGAGGAAUUGGUGAAAUCUGAUAGAGAGAUUUUCGUAGCGGAGAUUGUUUCUGUUGAAGCAGUUAAAACCUUCUUUUCGAGGACAUCAAAGAAGCUGAUCCUGUCCACCGAAAAGUUCACCUCGUCGGAACUUAAGAUUACUCCACGCAUUGAAGAGUCACUUAACCAAAUAUAUGAUUACAUAAUUCGCGAUAUAGUCGACUUUUAUUAUGAUCCGAUAAAUCCUAACAAAGAUUCAGAGUUAUCUACGCAAGUACGCAAUGCCAUGAACGUCAUGGCAAUGAAUUUGGCCACUUGCCUACAGAAUUCGGAUAAGGUUGAAUUGGGACUUAUGCCUCUGGAUGCUUACUGUAAAGAAAAUCAAUCUUCCCUUUUUGCGCACACAACAAAUAGAGAGUCACAAGCUCAAACUCUUCGUUCCCUGGCACAAUUAUUAUUUUCACGUCUCUUGCCUCCAACGGAAUCACAAAGUCUUAUUCUGAUGGCAUUUCUUUCCGAAUUAUUGGCAACGCAGAUUUUUGAGAUUGCACUUGAAACUGUGUGUGAUCAAGAUUGGAUAAAUCGGACGAUCGUUGAUUAUUUGACAGAGGACGAUCCAGACGAAACUCACGAUGCCACCUUGUUUCAGCAAUUGACCACCACCAUAGAUGAAGAGGUAGCCGGUCUGGCGAAAAAAUUAAAACAACCGCGGGGCACAGAUGAUCAAUCGGAAACGAUGCUUGACGGAUUGAAUAAUCAUAAUCUGAACAUAUCACUUUUGUCAUCCCAAUCGAACUUACUCCUAGAUUCAAGUUCAGAAGUAAAUUAUGAAGAGUCAAAAUCGACGGAGAUUUAUCCGAAUCUUGUCUCGUCGCCUUUUCCUCCUAAUCGCCCUUUCGCAAGAUCUGCUAAUUCAAUCAAUCUGCAAAUAAUCCUCGAGCGGCAAUCAGAGAUAUUCGCCGAAUUUAUGGCUUUUCUCGAAGAACGCAAUGCGGCUAACUUAUUACGAUUUUGGCUCCAGGCGGACUCAUUUAGAAAGAUUGCAUCCUAUGAAUCAGACAUAAAUUUAAUUCAGGAGGACGCCUUGGGAAUAUUUAAGGCAUACUUUGGUGAAGCCGCAACGUAUCCUGUGAAGGUGGUCAGUGAGGGUGUAGUUAAAAAGUGCAUUCGGGAAAUUCUAAAGGCCCCAACUUGCAAUUGUUUUGUUAUAACGCAGGAGUAUGUGUUUAGAGUAUUACAAGAUGAGUAUUUUGAUGAUUUUGUUAAGGUGAUGAAAGAACAAGGAGAAGAUAUGAGUUUCAUGGUAAGUGAUCAAGUGACACAAUAUAAAGAGACGGAACAACAUGCAGAAGUUGGAUCAAACCCUUCAUUAAACGUGAGGCAACAAGAAGAGGUCAAGUCGAUCUCUUCACCGAAUAUGCACCAGAACGGUGAUGGUGAUUUCCAUCAAUCUUAUUAUACAAUGGAUGACCCCGUUUUUGAAUCCAAUUCGAAUGAACAGGAUGCUUUUGAGAAUUCGGUUAAGGAUGAACACUCGCCGCAAAAUUCGGAAGAAUCGGGAAAUUGGUCCGCGGCAAUCUUAAUGGGAGCUCUAGAUGAGGUCACCGAAAAUUCAAUGCUAGAAAAUUCCGUUGAUACGAUGCUCGAAGGAGAAAAUAUGGAGCAAGAGAAUGAUUUCGAAUCACAAUUCGAGCGUCAGAAAACAUCAAUGAUGGAUCUCGAUGGAGUGCGAAUAAAGAUGACUGAUGUAUCAGAAUCCUCACCCAACAAAUAUAUUUAUUCUACAAAGUCUCUGGCCUAUAUGAUUGAAGUUGAACAGCCUGGCUCAACCGGGUGGAUCAUGACUCGGAGAUUUGCCGAUUUUGAGAAAAUGCAUUCGUCUCUAGUAAAAGCCUUUCCAAAAGCAGAAAAAGUAACUAUGCCUCGCCUUAUGUUAAAGAAGAAUCAAGAAGCUUGCAAGUCACUGGAACGAUAUUUGAACAUAUUGUUGAGUGAUGCCUCACUGUGUGAGAGUGAGCCACUCCAAAAGUUUAUGAAAAGAGAUGGACUACCGAACGAGAAACUGGAAAAGUCAAAAAGUUCAAGGAGGGCACUAUCGAUUUUGUCCGUUUCAAAAUCGAUGUCAAUGUCAAAUCUCGUGGGCGUUGUCACGGCCUCGGCCUCAAGUUCGCACUAUGAAACAAAAAACCAUCAAGAGUCGCCAUCAUCAACAAAAGAUAGCUUUGAAGAAUCCUCACCCGAAAAGUCUUUUGACGCCUCGUCCAAAAGAUCCUCGGAUAGUUCCCUUCAAAAAGAUUUGGAAAUAGUUUCAUCCCCUACGGAAAUCACUCAGGCAACUUCUGACGAAACUCUUGUCAAGACCCCAACAUCGGCUAGUGCAACUAUUACUCGGCAAAGCAUUGAGAGUGCCAUUUCUACAUCUUGGGGAUCGAGUAGAACCGUGACGCCAACGAUAUCCAAUGAAAUUAGCACCUCUCCGACAGUUGCGAACGAUAAAUCGACUUUAGAGAGAUUGAGAAUGCAUUUGGGUAUCUCCCAUACCACGGAAUCACCAUCAAAUUCUGCAAUUAUGGGUCGAUCUCCUCCCGAACAGAGUUCGCGGCCAAAUAAACAGUUGACAGCUCAGGACACUGACCUUUUGAUCGACACAAUUUUUGCUGUAGUUGAGGAAAUAUUCGAUUUGUCGGAAAAAUCUCAGUGGCAUCUCCGAAGAACAGUCCUUUCAGUGUUACGUGGAGUCGUACGAAGGUCUUAUACCGAAGCAAUAAAAAAUUCAUUUCUAACGACCAUCAGUUCAUUUUCUACUGAAACUCAUUGGGUAACGAUGAUUGAUAAUUUGUCAAAUUCAUUUUGGCCGAAUGGAGAGUGGUCCAAUGAUAUGGAGCAAAGAUCAGAAGAAGAAAAAUUGAAGACCAAGGAAGAAGCCAAAAGAUUGCUUCUACAAAAGGUUCUACCCGAUUCCUUGAAGCAAGUCAUGGGCUAUGAAAAUUCUCGUCUGAUGGUUGGAAGACUGGUCGAUGGAUUUUUGGCCGAGAAGGAGGUCGUGAGGGGAAUGGGGAUCAACAUAUUGGAAGGCGUGGUGAAACUUAUUGUUUCAGAAUGA